UCACUUUUUUUUAAAAAGAAAAAUUAUCGUUAUUGUUAUGGGCCUAGUGGGCUUGGGCCGUUGAUGAAAAUCGAGUCCAUAGAACAGUAGGAGUGCAUGAUAACUGAUGAAGAAGCACUCACCUAACAUUUACCCAAAUUAACAAAAACCCAAAUUGUAAUUUAGUUUCAAGUCCGCCUCUGAAGUCUAAAAUUUUGGGGGCAAAACACGUCUGGGGAGUUUGUGUGUGUGAAAGCUGAUGUGAGUGGCUUAAAGCUUUUCGCCUGCGGAGGUGCCUAAGAUAAGAAGCUGAGGUGGCGAACCCUAAUCCUUUCUUUGUAAGUCGUCGUGGUCGUGGAUGGGCCAGUCAGCUUCGACGGCCGCAGUCCCCAGCUGCCGUGAAAAUAAUCACAGCCAUCGAUUGAAGUUCAAACCAACGGCCCUGAUCUCCCCGAUGCAGGCUGAAGAGACCGAUGCCUGGCAAGUAACUAUCGAUGGUUUCGCCGAUUAUAUCUCCGAUCUACCCGAAGAGUGUUUGGCUGUUAUUUUUCAGUCCCUCGGUUCCGGUGACCGAAAACGCUGCUCGCUUGUUUGCCGGAGGUGGUUGAAAAUCGAGGGACAGAGCCGUCACCGGCUUUCUCUCAACGCCCAAGCAGAUCUCUUGCCCAUGAUCCCUUCCCUCUUCGACAGAUUUGACGCUGUCACCAAACUUGCUUUGAAAUGUGACCGCAGAUCCGUGAGCAUCAGAGACGAUGGGCUCGUCCUCAUCUCUCUACGGUGCCGUAAUCUCACGCGUCUCAAACUCCGCGCCUGCCGCGAAUUGACGGACGCUGGUAUGGCGUCUUUUGCAAAGAACUGCAGGGGUUUGAAGAAGCUUUCUUGUGGAUCUUGCACGUUUGGAGCUAAAGGAAUGAACGCAGUGCUUGAUAACUGUUCGUCUCUAGAGGAGUUAUCGGUGAAGAGGCUCCGUGGAAUCACCGAUGUAGCUGCAGCGGAGCCAAUUGGGCCCGGUGUAGCAGCUGCUUCUCUGAAAACAAUUUGUUUGAAGGAGCUGUACAAUGGACAGUGUUUUGGACCUCUGAUUAUUGGCGCAAAGAAACUACGAACAUUGAAACUUUUCAGGUGCUCGGGGGACUGGGAUAAACUUCUUCAAUUGAUCGCUGAUCGAGUCUCCGGAAUGGUCGAGAUUCAUCUGGAGAGGCUUCAGGUGAGUGAUUAUGGUCUCGCUGCAAUUUCAAAUUCUUUGGAUCUGGAAAUUUUGCAUCUCGUCAAAACCCCGGAAUGCACAAAUAAUGGUUUAGUUUCUGUUGCGGAGCGAUGCAAGCUCUUAAGGAAGCUUCACAUUGAUGGUUGGAAGGCUAAUCGUAUAGGUGACGAAGGCUUGGUAGCGAUUGCCAAAUAUUGCCCCAAUCUUCAAGAAUUGGUUUUAAUUGGUGUGAACCCUACUAAAGUUAGCUUGGAAAUGUUGGCUUCUAAUUGCCAAAAUUUGGAGAGGUUAGCAUUAUGCGGAAGCGAUACAGUGGGCGAUGCUGAGAUAUCUUGUAUUGCCGCAAAGUGUGCGGCAUUGAAGAAGCUUUGCAUUAAGAGUUGCCCUGUUUCGGAUAGUGGGCUGGAGGCAUUGGCGAGUGGGUGUCCCAAUUUGGUGAAAGUGAAGGUCAAGAAGUGUAGAGGAGUAACCCCUGAUGGGGCUGAUUUGUUGAGAACACGUAGGGGUUCUCUGGCCGUGAAUUUAGAUACCGGUGAACCUGAACAUCAAGACGCUAGUGCCAGUGACGGUGGGGCUCAAGACAAUGCUGUUGAAUUGCCUCCUGUAGGCGGUGGUGGAGGUGGAGGUGGAGGUGGCGGCAGCAGCAGCCAAGUAUACGCUACUCAUUUCGGAUCGAGUAGAUCAACCUCCUUCAAGUCAAGGUUAGGCCUUUUGUCGGGCAGGAGUUUCGUCGCCUGCACCUUAAGAAGGUUGUCCGGCAGUAAUAGCAGUUCUCGUGGUAAUAGCUAAUGUAUUAAACAACAUUUGCAACACUAAAGGAAAAAUGGAAAACUCCUAGUUAUCGGUCAUUGUUUGUGAUGUAUUAUUUGGAUUCUGACUUUUGUGUACUUAAUUUGAUGCUGUGUGUUUCUUUUAUCCCUUUUUGAAUUGAAUCUUCACGGUUGAAAGAGA